AUGGGAGAAAUGUCUGUCAUGUUUCCGAGGGAAUUGUUGGCAAUUGCCUUGUUGUUGAAUGCUGUCCAUUCAAACGACGUGCCUUGCGACAAGACUCGGACCAUCUUAUCCCAGGCUAAUGGAAUCAUCACUCAUGGUCCACCAGGAACAAAUUACUCACAGAACACUCACUGUGAAUGGUUGAUUAAAGCAAAUAGUACAAAUCAGUUUAUUACUUUGGAGUUCAAGACUCUAAAUACAGAAUGCUCUUAUGACUAUGUAUUUGUUUAUGAUGGAGAUUCGUUUAAUUCACCCCUUCUUGGAAGUUAUAGUGGAAAGAAUCAACCUCAGUCAAUAUUAGCAUCAUCAGGUUUUAUGUUAAUAUUGUUAUUCAGCGACACAAAUUAUGCAUUAGAAGGUUUUGAAGCUUCCUAUUAUGUAUCUGAUUGUCCAAGAAAUUGUUCAAGUCAUGGAUUUUGCCUUAGAAAUUUUUGUGUAUGUGAUAAUGAAUGGGGUGGACCUGACUGUGGAACUGAACUAUGCCCCGAUAAAUGUGGUGAACCAAACAGAGGCAUGUGUAAACAAGGUCGAUGCCAUUGCCUACAAAACUAUUCGGGAAUGGGUUGCACAUUGAAUAGUUCUGAUUCUACAGGGAAUAGAUGGCAUGAUUUGUAUCAGGGAGGCAUACAUCCAAGAGCUGCUCAUUCAGCUGUGUAUAUUUCUGAAGUUGAUUCUUUAUACAUUUUUGGUGGAUAUGAUUUAAAUAAUAUUCUUGGUGAUCUUGUUGUAUUUCGGUUUAACACUUCUAUGUGGUAUGAUCGAAAUGAUAAUGUUAUAGAUCCUUUACACACAACAGUCAAUUCUAUUGGAUCAGCCACAAUAAAUGCUUUGAUGACUGCAAAAUUAGGAGACACAACUAUUGGAACAAAUCGAUCUAAAUACUCAUCCUCUGAUAAUACUAGUCGUGUAAAUGAACAUAGACGGAACAAAACGUGGUCUGCUGUAUUACAUGAUAUUUUUGUAUCAUUAGCUGACGAUUCAACAUUCCUUGAACAUCAAAAUGAUAAUACUCGUCAUUCACCAUUUGAGUUUCCUUAUGAUGAAAAUAAUGAACAUAUAUUAAAUGAAAUUAAAGAAAAACGAUUACCUGCACCGCGCUUUGGUCAUGCAGCAACAAAGUACAAUGGAGGAUUUCUUAUGUAUGGUGGUAAACUGAAAAAGGGUUUAUCAGGAGAAUUAUGGUUUUAUAAUAUUUAUACAAAAAAAUGGUUUUUACGAGCCCAACAUUCAAUAGUAAUUCCACCUGCUCUUACAAGACAUACUCUAACAUAUGUGGAACAUACAAAUACUGUUUAUUUAGUUGGCGGUAGUAAUAGCAAAGGAUAUUUUUCUUCUAAGAUAUUUUCUAUUCAACUUAAUACAGAUGAUGAGAACGAACAAUGGAAAGAAAUUAAACCAAGAGGUGGUAAAGAAUUAAAUUUUCGGGUCGCAGCUCAUUCGACAGUGUAUGAUAUUCGCUCUCAAUCUCUCAUUAUUUAUGGUGGAAUAGUCACAAGUGCAUCGUGGUUUUCAAAACUUAGUGAUCGUAUGUUUAUUUUUAAUAUACCAACACAGCAUUGGUCUGAAAUUAAAUAUCCAGCAUCAAAUGUACCCAAUGAACGAGCUUUUCACUCAGCAAACAUAAUGGGAAAUUACAUUGUUGUUUUUGGAGGAUACACACAUAGACAUGCCAAAGAAGAAAUUUGUUAUGACAAUGAAAUAUACCUCUAUCAUCUUGGUUGUAACACAUGGCUUAGUCGAGAUGUCCUUGGUUUAUCUACAAAAGAGUUUACUCGUAAGAAAACGUUUGGUGUUUUUGGACAUGGUUCUGAUGUUCGAAACGGAAACACAUUACUUAUAGUUGGUGGUUAUCGCGGAAACAUAAACUCAGAUUUAUUAGCGUUUGUUUUACCACCAACAUUAGUUCCUACUGGAAAUGAUUCCUAUCACUUAGAACUUAUGUGCUUGAGACAUAAAGGUCUUCAAGAAUGUACGGCAAAUCCUGAAUGCGGGUGGUGUUCUUCUGACGAUACUUGCUAUGGACGCAAUGGGGGUAUAAAUUGUACAACCAAUUUACAAACAACCAGAUGCCCGGGUAUCUGUUCUGCAUUAACUGAUUGUCAUUCGUGUUUAAUUCAUGGAGAAAGUACUCCUUUUAACAAUAAUCAAUCAACCACUUCAGUUGCCCAUAUUAUGCAAUUAGGUCGAUGUGUUUGGUGUAUACAAGAUGGUCGAUGUCAUCAUAAAAAUGAUAAUUAUGAGGUAUGUGGUCUACAUAACAAUAUUUUUAAUGGCGGAGGAAUAGAAGUUGCUUAUCCAGACAAUUGCAGAGCUUUAGAUAGAAGAUCAGGAUUGACUUUUUUCAAAUAUUUACAUCCUGCAAAUUUUUCCCAGCCAGAUUUAGUAUCAGUAGUUAAUACUAGUAUCAUUGAUGUUUCAACUCAUUUACCAAUGUCACGGGCUGAUCUCUCAAUUGGUGGUACAAUGAUUGUAAGGCUUUCUGGAUUUUUGCGAUUUCCUCAGAUGUGGGACAAUCAUAAAGACCAACUACAAUUAUGCUCUCGGUAUACAAAUACAAGACUUAUAAUGACUUCUCCAUAUAUGUACCAACCAGAAAUCAAUAUAACAUUGAAAGCUGAUGGUUGGCAAUGUUUGCAACUUUCAUCAUGGUCUACUGAAGAUCAACCAUUUCAUGCUCCUGAACGAUACUUAUUAGAUUUAACUACUCAUAAAAAUAUAACAUAUUCUCAGAACACUGGUACUGCUAUUGUAGAAUUACAGCACAAUAAAGGACAUAAUAAUUCAAAGCCUUUUACAAUGGAGUAUCUUGAACCAUAUCAUAGCAGAGAUAGCUCGAUAUGUGCUGGUUAUCAAAGUUGUCUCAUAUGUGUUAGUGAUGCUAAUUGUGCAUGGUGUGAAUUAAAAUCAGUUUGUACCACAAGAAAUCAAACAGAUUCAAUUUUUUGUCAUAAUAAUAAUGAUAUUAAUGAAUGGAAGUAUCUUGUUAUAUCACCUCAGCUAUGUCCAAAUUGUUCUAAUCAUGUAGAUUGUGUUGAUUGUAUUCAAAGUGGAUAUUGUGAAUGGUGGAGUCAAGAAGCCAAAUGUGAACGACGUGGAAGAUUACCUGAAGGAGUAGUAUCUAUUGAUUUGUGUCCUAUCCCAUGUUCAAAUAGACACUCAUGUUCUGAUUGCUUGGACAAUGGUAGAUGUGUUUGGUGCCGAGCAACAAAUGAAUGUUUCCAUUUUUCCGAAUAUACAUCGGAAUAUCAAUUUGGACGAUGUCGAGAAUGGAUUGACAGAAGUGUUCAUUACUAUGGAUCAGGACAGAUGCAAAUAGAUAAACCUAACUUAGCAUGUACCUCAUGUGAAAAAAGUACGAAUUGUUCUAGUUGUCUAAAAACUCUUGGCUGUGGAUGGUGUUAUGACAGUGGUAACCCAAUUCAAGGGAUUUGUACUGGAGGAGAUUUUAGUAAACCAUUUAUAGGGACAUGUUCCUAUAUAAUGAAUAACAAUACCUAUGAAGAAGACUCAAGUUGGGCAUAUGCACAAUGUCCAGAUGUUGAUGAAUGUGGUCUGGGACUACACGACUGCCAUAAAGAAGCCAAAUGUACCAAUACACAAGGUUCAUAUAGCUGUCAGUGUAAACGAGGUUUUAUUGGCGAUGGAAAACAUUCAUGCACAAGAACGUGUUAUCAUAAAUGUCUUAAUGGCUAUUGUAUUGGAGCGCCUGAUUAUACAUGCAAAUGUGAUCUCGGAUGGACUGGAGCUGAUUGUGCAAUUAACUGUGGGUGUAAUAAUCAUUCAACAUGCAAUGAACGGCCUGGUAUAUGUGACCAGUGUCAAGAUUGGACCACUGGACAGUUUUGUGAAUAUUGCAAGGCUGGAAGUUAUGGCAAUGCAACAUCGCUAGAAGGAUGCCACAAAUGUGAUUGUAAUGGUCAUGGCGAUGAACAAUUAGGUAUUUGUGAUUCUAAUUCGGGUAAAUGUUAUUGUAAACAUUAUACUGAAGGAGAUAAUUGUCAAUUUUGCAAGAAAGGAUUUUUUGGAGAUCCAAAAAGCGGAAAUGUUUGUUAUCAUCAAUGUAUGGCCAGGGGUAUUUUAUCUGGUAUGGGCCCUCAAGGUUUUGGAUCAAAAUCUGUAGAGAUUAGUGCUUGGGAAACACGCUUAGAAGGUCCACCAUCAAAAGAAUGUCUCUGGAUAAUUGAUCCGGAAAAUAUGCGAAAUAAUUCAACUGCAAUCGGAUCUUAUGUGAUACAGUUAACAAUCGAUAAUGAUAUAAAUGUCCCAUGUGGUAUGAACAGUGUUUAUGUGUAUGAUGGUCUUCCAAAUUUUGUAUCUAUGUCUAGAACACACCCAGCUCAUUCUCUUGGUGUAUUUUGCACUAGAGAUUCUCAGUAUCCUUUAACCAUAGAAGGAGUUACUGGUGUGAUGACUGUAUAUUACAAGCAAUCUGAACCCACUGAAGGAUUUAAUGCUACAUACCAAGUGCUUAGCUGCCCAGAUUCCUGCCCCUCAACCCGAGUAUGUCAUCAUAACCGCUGUGUAUGCCCAAAAGGAAGUACUGGAGUAAAUUGUCAAGACUUAAUAUGUCCAAAUGAUUGUAAUCAAGCCAAAGGCCAUGGAAAAUGUGAUCAUGAAUAUGGUCGUUGUAUUUGUGAAAAUAUUUAUGAAGGAGAAGAUUGUUCAAUUUUAGUUCCUAUAUCUAGUCAUUUGCGACAACCACUUAUAUUUACAGAUCUUUUUAACUCUGCUCACGUAUCAGAAAAUUUAGAUCACUUGCGUCAAACAUUGCCUCGAUUUGGGCAUUCAGUGGUUGCUACAAGGCGCGGUCAACUAUGGUUGUUUGGUGGUUAUUCAUUAUCACAUGGUCCUUUAAAUGAUAUUCGUUUGUUUGACUCUAAAAACAAUUCUUGGAUGCAAGUCACAGUAGACGGUACAAAUGAUGCUCAUAUGCCAAACGGGCGGUAUUUCCAUGCAGCUGAAAUAGUACAUUCUCGAAGAGAAAUAUAUGUCUAUGGUGGUCUAACACAAAUUCAAACUGCUUAUGGUCGCUCUACCAAAUAUUCAAUGAAGAUUUUAUCUGACUUUUGGAAAUUUAGUUUAAAAGAUCAAAGAUGGAUAGGCAUACAAACAGAAUUAGAUCCACCGCCAUUGGCUGGCCAUACUCUAACAUUAAGAUCAGUUGGUGAUAAAGAAAGUCUUUUAUUAAUUGGAGGUUUUAGUCCAGAUUUGGGCUUCCUUGAAGAUGUGUGGGAGUUUGAUAUGCAAACAGAGGUUUGGAAAAAGCUUAAAACAAGUGGCUAUGGACCAGCUGGUAUUUAUGGUCAUAGUACAGUAUAUCAUGGACCUACUGAUAGUUUGUAUGUAUUUGGUGGGUAUAUUUAUUCUGUAAAUCAAACAAUAAUGACAGAUAAAUUAUUCGCACUUAACUAUGAAUUUCAAGUAUGGACUAUUUUACCUAUUUUCAAAGAUUAUAAUCCACCUAAAAAUAGUCUACCAAGGGGACGAUUUUUACAUUCAGCUAUUACAACAGAUGAAUAUAUGUUUGUUUUUGGUGGAAGAACUGAUCCACCUAGUACAAAUGAUACUCUUAUAGCUUACUCAUAUGCAUGUAACCAGUGGAUACGUUUAUUAACUCCAGAUAUAUUUAUUAUUGGUUUGCCACCGCCACCUACUCAUGCUCAUGCAAUGACAUUAGACUUAGAAACAAAGUCAAUGUAUAUUCUGGGUGGUUUUGCCGGUGAUAUACAAUCUCGUGUUACACGGAUUCAAUUACCACAUGACCUUUGUAAUCUGUGGUCUGGUAAACGAGAUAAAUGCAGGUCACUGGUUGGAUGUUCAUUUUGUCAGGUGAUAGGAACAAAUGUCAGUUAUUGUUUUACUCAUCUUGGUCCAGGAUUUAAUCCCUGUGUUUCAACUAAUGGUACAUCACGAACAAAUAAUGGAGUAUCUUGCAAUUCAAAUUGGAUAUCAAGUCGAUCUUGUGAACAGUACACAACAUGUACUGAUUGUUUGGCUACAUGGCCUAACAAUCAUUAUGAAAACUCAAAUGUUUGUUCGUGGUGUGCAAAUUGUGGUACUAAAGGACAAUGCGUUAAAGACCCCUCAAGCUGUGAUAAUCAAUGUAAAACAGUAACAAAAGUAGAAAUGUGUCCAAGUGUUCAAUGUAUGGCUACUAAUUGUGAAAAAUGUCAUCAGCAAGGAAAUUGUUUAUGGACUAGGCAAAUGCAUACAUCUGAGUUUGGAACUAUUUCAACUAGUGGGUCGUUGUAUGACUGGAGUUGCUCUAGUCUAGAUCUCAAUCAACGAUCAAAUAUCAAAAUAAAAAAUUCUUCUAUUUGUCCAGAGCGUUGUUCUGCGCACAAAUCUUGUGAAACAUGUUUAUCAUCUCAAGGUGGUGAAGGAGGAUGGCAUGAAUGUCGCUGGUCAAUUACGUUAAAUGAGUGCAUUUCACCUAGUUAUCAACCACUGUACUGUGCUGGAGGUGUUUGUGGACUUGUUCUUAGUGGUGGUAAUAUAGAUCGUUGCCCUCAACCUUGUUCUAGUUAUACUCAAUGUUCUACGUGUCUUCGUCACACCCAUUGUGGAUGGUGUGCUUUAGAUGUAUUGAACAAAACUGGACAAGGAAUAUGUACAGAAGGUUAUAUGUCUAGUCCCGCUUCUGGCCCUAACCAUUCGUGUCAAGAAUUACUUCAACACUUAAAUGUUGAACCAAAAAUGGCAGCUUAUCAUAACUUAGAAUCUCACGAUUUCAUUUAUGGAAUAGAUGAUGCACUUUCAUUAUCUACAGAUGUAGCUUUAUUAAAUAAAGAAUUAACUUUAAAUGAUUCUGUAGCUUGGUAUUACAUAACUUGCCCGCCAGAAAAUGAAUGUGUGAAUGGUCAUCAUAGUUGUAAUCCAGAAAGUGAAGAAUGUGUUGAUCUUGCUGAUGGAUUCCAUUGUGUGUGUGGCAAUGGUUAUCAACCUGAUGAUAAUUCCCAAUGUAUUCCAAUUUGUACACAAGGCUGUGUUAGAGGUGAAUGCAUAAAACCAGAUGUCUGCCGCUGUGGUUUUGGUUAUGUUGGUUCCAAUUGUACUAUACAAUGUGAAUGUAAUGGACAUUCUGAUUGUGCUGGACCUGAUCGCUUAACAGAAUGUUUGAGUUGCAAAAACAACACUCAAGGGCCACAAUGUCAACGGUGUAAACUAUUUUAUGUCGGUAACCCAGUAGACCAUGGUCAAUGUGUACCAUGCUCAGAUUACUGUAAUGGGCAUGCUCAAGUAUGUGUUGAUAAAUACGAUACUGAACCAUUUGAUGCUCUAAGUAUUUUAAAUGAUCCUAAUACUAAUCUUAUGCAAAAUGAUGGCCCUCUUUCUGAUGCAUAUUGCAUUAAUUGUAUUGACAACACAACUGGUCCUACGUGUUCAGGUUGUUUAUCUGGUCAUUUUCGAGGUUCAAAUGAUAAUCGAGAUCCUUGUAGACCUUGUGAAUGUCACGGUCACGGGAGUACAUGUGAUCCAGUUACUGGAGAAAAAUGUGAUUGUCAAAAUAAUACUGAAAGUGACACAAACUGUCAAUCAGGGGGUGUACCUCAUCAUCGAUCAUUAAAAAAUACCGUUCAGCUUUGUUGGAUGCAACAGUGUUCAAAAUGCAAAGAAUCAUACAUGGGAACACCAACUGAUGGUCACCAGUGUUACAAACAAAUGAGUGUAGACUUAAGAUUUUGUCUAGAUGCCAAGCUGCUUGAUGAGUGCAAAACAAAACCUACUCCACUUUAUCCAGGACAAACGUCGUUUUUCGUUGUUCAACCACGUUUUAUGAAUGUUGAUAUCAGAAUCACGGUUGACAUAACACAAGGUGCUGUUGACUUCUUCUUAACAUCACAUGAGGAUAUUUUCAUAGUUACUAAAAAUAAGUCACUUAAUAGAAAUGUUUUUGAUUUUGAUCCAAGGUUUGAGUGGUUAAGCGAAAUGGAAAUGAUUGAACGUCUGAGUAGUAAUUCAAAUUCUUCCAAAGGUAGACAUUUAUUUACAUAUCAAGAGCACAAAACCAAAGGUUUGUCUACGUAUGUGACAUUGAAAAAGAGUAUGUCGCUGUUGAUGGUAAAAAAUGUCAACAAUAGAUUGAUCAUUACACUUCCACAUGACAAACAUGAUCUAUCAGCAACAAGAUAUUAUAUGGCGUUGUUAGCAAUCUCAUCAUUACCUGCUCAAGCCACUCAUUUAGUACCCGUCCCAACAUACGGAACAGUGUUCUUUAGACAAGACCAACUUCAUAUUGAUCUCUUCGUGUUCUUCUCUGUAUUUUUCUCAUGUUUCUUUUUGUUUCUUGCUGUGUGUGUUGUUGGAUGGAAAGCAAAACAAGCAGCCGAUAUGCGACGAGCCCGUCGCCAGCAGGUCGUGGAGAUGUUGCACAUGGCCAAGAGACCGUUCGCGUUCGUGGCAAUCGUGCUGAACUGCUGCACGCCUCAACAGCAAACGGAAACGAACAGCAGCCAGGUGGCUCGGUUCGGCGACAUUAGGCCGUUGGCGAUCGAACCAACCAGCGACGCGAACGCGGCGGUCACAACGCUGCUGAUCAAACUCCCGGACCGCGGACAUCAGUCGGCUGGCACGAGGCUGGCGCUCGGUUCCACGUUAGUGUUAAACAUGCUCAACCCGAGGGGUGGUUACGCUUCCAACGCCCACCGGCAUCACCACCAUCACCACCACCACCAUCACAACAACGCCGCCGGUCCUAGGCAAAGGAGAAACGCGCCCCAGUGAUUGCCACGGUUAACCGUUCUCUCUACACGUCGUAUAAUAAUUAAUAUCGUUUGUAAGGUAUAUUAUAAUAUUAUGAGAUUGUGGUCGCGACAGCCGCAACCAUAAUAUUUUAUCGUAUACGACGGCAAUAAUAAUUCGUCAUAACAUAAUCCACCGACAUAUAUAAACGUUUCAUUACCGCAAUCACUGCAAGUCUAAUAGGAGUGGCUAGUACGCGAGUCGUGUGGAGGUACAUACUCGUAUACGCGACCGAUCGCAAUUUCACUGAUGACCGACGAACGCAUUUACGUAAUUUUAGCAUCUUUGCUUAGGUAAUAAUUCCCCUCCGACGUGUGCAAUAAAUAGUACAUACCGUAUUAAAGUAGAUAUUUUUGGGUAAUGAAACCUAUUAAAUCAUUUAAUUGAUAUUCCACUAAUUUAUUUUUUAAGUAUAAUUUUGUCAAUUGAUAUUAUUUAGUAAUAGUUUAUUUAAACUUUUUGAUAGCUUUCGUCAACCCUCCAUCAACUCUACGAUUAAUUUUUUAUCCUUUUAUAUAUUUAUUAUUUAUUUAAUGUUUGGUUAUUGUAUCAUUUGUUAACUAAGUCUUUCCAAUUUCCAUGAUAAAAUUGAUAAAUGAACUGAAUGAUUUCUGAAUGCUUAUAUGUAUUAUAUUACUAUUAUUAUCAUAAUAUUACACUAUAUUAUUUGAUCUCUUCAUAAUGAUUUGUAUACACUAUUAUAUUAUUAUGUUAAUGUAAAUAAAUCAGUACAAUUAAAUGAAAUUACAAAUUAUAAUUUUGAAACACUUGAUAAAAUGUUAAACAAAUCAAUUUUAGGCAAUCAUUUUUUCCACAAUCCACUACUUACAAAAGUGAAUACUGAAUACUUUUAAAAAUAUCACAAUUUCAUUUAUAAAUUUUGGUUUUUAACUUCAAUGUUCCAGCAUCUUAAAUAAAUCAAUUAACUGCUUAUCGGAGGUCACGUUCCACAUCAUACUUUAUAAACUAUAGUUUUCAUUUAAGUUGAUUCGAUCCCGGCUUUGUUUUCUAUAAAAAUAGACCUAUAUUAUGCCGAUUGUAUUGAUAAUCCUAAAUAUCGAAUAAGACAAAUAAAAAAAUAUUUGAAUUCGUCAUGAAGUUUUAUUGUAAAUGACUUUUCCACAUUUUAAAAACUUUUUUAUUAUUAGCUUUCAGUGCAAUACUAUUUAGUUCAAAAAUUCCAUGAUUUAAUUAACAACACAAAUUAAAUUUUAAAAACUUAAAAUCCUUUAUAAACCCUUCAAUAUUAAAUUUUUGAAUGUUAUAACAUUGAUGUAAGAAAAAUUAAUUCAAUUAUGUAAGAAAAUUAUUUUUAGUAACUUUAAUAAUAAAUUCAAAUAUGUUUUUAGAUAACUAGAUUAAGAUACAAUUGGCGAAAUAUUAAUAUUUUUAGACACAGCUAUUAACUAAAAAUUGGUCUUUACUUAUUAAAUUUAAUAACUCGAUUUCAGAUUUAUUAUACCAGGCUGUAAAAAACGUACUAUCUAUAAUAAUUAAUAACUAAUAAGGUAAUGCAUAGAAUUUGUUCGAUAUACUGUUCAUACAAUUAGAAUCUCAGAUAAUACUGUGUUUUAUUAUACCUACCAUGUAACUUUGGCUCAAAUUAUAAUACCAACUGUGAAAUUAUGUACAAUUGUGCGCAACGUUUUUUUUAUAAAAAAAUUAAUUAUUUUCGUUUUAGAUCAAUAUAGAAUAUUAUUGUUUAUGAUGUCAACAUUAACUUUAAAGCGUUUUAAUGUGUUAUAUUCUAAAUUUAAAAUUGAAUGAUUUACGACUAUCAUUAUCGUUUUGACACAUGCUUAUCGCUAUAAUAAGUGGUUUUUUGUUCCUUUUUGACUGCAAAAGUCUAUUUUUUUGGCAAUAUUACAUAGAUAAUUAUUUUAUGUGAUUUAUUAUUUAAAAAAAAAAACUAAAAAGUACCUACAACAAACGAUUUAAAGAUCAAAAUAGUUAUUAAUAUAAUUUUAUUGGAUGGAAGUAAUUAUAGUGUAAGCAGUUAACAGUUAACAAUAGAAACACGCGAUACAUUAUCCUCUAGUUUCAUAUUGAUAAUAAUACGAAUCAAAAAAUAAUAAUAUCUACUUACCAAAAUUUAUAAAAUACUAAAAUUUACUUAGCAAAAUAUAUAAUAUUAUGUACCUCAUCGUUAUUGUUAACAAUAUUGUGAUAAUCGAAUUGACCAAAAUAAACGGCGUUAAUCCGUUUUAUUCACGCGUAAAUUUAAUGUGUAAUCAACAUACUCUAUCUCUUAUCUUCGUAUAUACUUUGGCGGCUUACGUUCAUGAUAAUAUUGUAUAGUUAUAUUAUAGGCGCAUAGUACGAAUAGGUAAUAAUUAAUAUCAAUCACAAAAACAUAGGUGUGAUCAAAUGUAUAUUUACUCGCCUAUUCCCGUAUAAUAUAAUAUUAUAAUAUAGUAUAUUUUUGUAGACCUGUACGUAACUAUAUAUGUAGUUGUAACCAUUCCUGAUUUUUAUAAUAACAUAGUAUAUUAAUACAAUAUUAUAAAAUAUGGACGUAUAAGUCAAGGGUGUAUCUGGGCGGCUUCGGGUGUUUCGUUUUAAAUAAUUUCUUCGUUAAUAAGCAAAACAAUCAAUCUUGUGUCGUAUAAUGAAUGGAGUCAUCGCAUAUAACACCUAUAGAUUGGGUUGAAACCAACAUAAUUGUAAGACCCAUGACAUCUGCGCCUGCAACAAUCUGUUUAUCCGCUUAAAAUUGAGUUUAGGUAUUACCGUUGAUUAUAAUAUAAAUAAAUACUAUAGUAUUAUUUGCUUUUUUAUGGACUGAAUCAGGAUCAUUUAGAAGUUGUCUUAAGUGCGAUGCACGAUUAAUAAAAUAUUCAACAGUAACGAAAUGAAACUACGUAUAGGUAUAAUAUUAAAUCAACAUCCUUUUAAUAACCAUCGAAAUUCGAAGUCAAUUAAAACGAUUUAACAUUGAACGAAAUCAAGUAGCCGAAGUACAUUCAUUUUCACUGGCGGGCAAGAAUGUGCGAUAUAAUAAAUGCAUAAAAAUUAUUUUAUUUAAAAAUAUGUAAUUUCUAUGUAGUACCUAUAUUGGCUAUUCUAUUAUUCUUUAUAAUACCUUUGUAUAGUUAUAACUAUGCUGGUUUCUAGUACGCUUUUGUUAUUAUUAUUUUAAAUUUAUGACUUUAAUGUUAAUAUUUAAUAUUUUACAAUAUUAUACAUUUAUAUUUUAUAAUACAUAAAAGAAACAAGAAUUUAUAGAACUUAAGAAAUCUUUAUAUUUUAUCUUAUUUAUCUGUUUUAUUUGCGCCAAAAAUUGAUGACCUGAGAUCACGCGCAUGUGCAUAUCACUGCGCUGGCUCACAAAUUGUUCGUAUGACUCUAUCCACUAUAUUAGACGAUCUCUAAGGAGCGAAAAUAAACAAUAAUCGGAUAAUGUACAAACAGUAUAUUGAUAAUAAUUAAUAAUAUUAACAAAAAUAUUUCAACGAAAAACGUAAUUUGUUUUCUUUUAAUUCUAAUAAUAACUCUGACAUUUAUAGGUAUCAAAUAAAAAAUGUGAAACCUCCCAGAAAAAUGUUAUUCAGGUACGCCCUUGAUGUAAAUAACUACUAUUAUACUUUCUUUCUUUUGUCUUGUAUUAAUUCCAAAAUGUCUUCUUCAGUCUUCUGUCAAAGUUUUUUUCCAUUAUGACUCGCGUCCAUAUCAUAAAUCUAUAGCUUUUUUAUAUAUAUAUAUAUAUAUUAUUAAUAUUAUUAUUUAUUAUUUACCUAUGUCUAUAAUUAUUAUUAUAAUGUAAAUCGACAAUUUAGUCGAGUGUACCUCGGUGCAGCGACUACCUACCAACCCAUAUUUUUAUUUUUAUAGACGUAAUCUUACCAAUAGGCAAUAACAAACGAAUGAGUUGGUUAACCCAUUCGUUAAUAAUGUAUGUUACCUUAGCUUUUGUUUAACUACCUACUUAUAAUUGUAUUGGCUAUUUUCUUAAUAUGAAAAUGUAACUUAAAAACGAUAAUUUGUUGUUUUUUAAUUUUCAUUAU